AACUAACCUAACAUUUCAUUUAGUAAACACCAACAAACAGCAAACUGUAGGAACUACAUUUUUUCUUAAUAAUAUGUCUAUUCCUGAAGCCCCAAUAGCCUGGGACUUACUUAAAGGCUUAGUAUGCCUAUACAAACCGGCAGAAGUAACAGUAAGGAAAAUGCGAAACGUUUUCAUAAACAAAAUAUGCCAAGAACUGAACACCUUAGAAGGAAGGCCUCUAUCGGGUUAUGUAGAUAUAGAAGGCAACCCAAGUGAUAAAUUAACGGUAACAGUGAAACCGAACCUUGCGGAUCAUCCAUUGGUAGUUGGGCCCCGCUAUCAGGAGCAAGAUUUGCCUGUUAGUUGGUCCAAUUAUCUGGGGUUUCAUACCAGUGGAGUUAUAUUAUUUGGAGUGAGAUCAGGAACCAAACAUGCUAAAUAUCUUCGUGAGAAUAGACCUACCAGAGCCUAUAGAGUAAAGGGACUUCUAGGUCAAGUUACCGACAACUGUUAUAAAACAGGCAAAGUAGUUCACAAAUCCACAUGGAGGCAUGUGAGGAGACAAAAUAUGGAUAAAUUUCUUAGUGCUAUGCAGGCUUCGCAUCAAAAGAAAAUGUUCGAAAUGUGUGGUGUGGAUCUGCAGUCACAAACCGCUUACGAGUUGGCUGUUCAGGGCCUUAUUAGGCCAGCUAAUUCAAAAAUUCCUAUCUUAUAUGGUAUAAAAUGUAUCGAGUUCGAACCUCCAGAGUUUACUUUAGAAAUACAGUGUAUAAAUGAAUAUGAAGACUAUUUGUGUCAGUUGAUUCACGAAAUUGCCCAAAGAUUACAUUCUACAGCCCAUUGUACAGGCAUUCAAUGUAUUAGGCAUAGCAGAUUUACGUUAGAGCAUGCUCUUUUAAUGAAACACUGGAACCUAACCAAUAUUUUACAAAGCAUGGAGUAUUGUAGAACCCUGUUAAAAGAGUCUGGUGAUCAUGUACCAAGGAGCUCAGCCAAGUUAGUGGAAUAGCAACACAUUGUUUUUAAUUUAAGGUUAAGGAUAAAAAAGUAGUUUUCUUUUGUAAAGUGUAAUAAAUAUUUUAAUUGAAA